AUGCAAACAACUAACAGUCCCCAGAUCAACCCUGUCACUGCUGCUACUCCAUCAUCCUUCCCUACGGUACAAGGAGUUGCAUACAAGCCUAAAAGGGUGCUUGGAAUACAUCUUGCAGAUGACCGUUUGGCCUUCAGAGUAAGGCUCACAUUCUACCUGUCCCUCGUACCGAUAAUUUUUUGCAUCGCCUUCGCCAUCGCAGUGUGGUUCGUAUCGGUACCUGUCUACAUAUGGUAUUAUGUUCUGUUGGCCAUCACGGUUGUCUCCCCCACAGCUCUGUAUUAUUCUUACGCUAAUAACAGUCGUUCGUUUAUGGGUCUUUACGCUGUUCUCAACGGUGCGUUGGCAGUGUGUCAGAUCCUCUCAGUUUGGCAGGUGUUGGACUAUGUGAAGCGGUGCGAGACGUUUAUAGAGGAGUGUGAAGUCUCUGGGCUCAGGGUGGUCCCGGCCGUUGCGAAUCCAACAUACGCAUGUUCAUUCUAUUCGGUUUUGGACUAUUCGACGUUCCAACACUGGGCGAAUAAUCAAGGCUUGACUUUCGUGAUGUACCUGUCGUUUUUCAUACCGGUGGUGGUAUUGCAUCUGAUGUUGUUGGCAUUGGCUCUAAUGUGGUAUUCGAAGUUGAGGAAUGGCCUCAGGAUUUCCACCACUGGUCCGAUGGGAGGCGUGAAUGCUACGGUUAUCACUAGCGGGUAUGUUGCUAGAGGCACUGAGGCUGAUGAUACGGAUAAGGUUGCUGUUGGUGUACCUGUGUCGAGUCCGAAGAAUAAAGAGGAGAAUAUUCAAGUGUAGCUCGGACGAUGACGGUUCUCGGGUGUUUUUGAAAAUACUUAGAAUGGCUGGCCUAUGUUAGUGAUGAUUAUGCAUUGACCACAUAGUCCUUCUCUAUCUCAUACUACAGCUGAGCAUGUGCUGUCGAUGCAUAGCCUCCUCAUAUUUUGUACCAAUGUUGGUUAAGUCUAAGAUCGCCGUUGUUGUUGUCGCCGGUUUGGUGGUGAUAUGAGGUCUCUCGAGGUCU